AGAUCCCGUGGAAAAUCCGUGUCAGCGUAGAUUUGACCUUGCCGCGCGUAGAUACCUGGACACUACUACAGCGUCGGCCGGCCGCUUCGAUGUCGGCUUACAUGAUGAGACCAAAUGAAUCAUAAGGAUUGUUCCCUUUUUAGCGCGCUUGACGACCCGUCGACUCAUCCAACGGACAAGUACCUGUCCGUUGGGCAUCUUGUGGUGUCGUUAUGUUUCCGUGACCGUGGGGCCAAAUACCGUGUCGACAUCCAAUCGCAUACUUAUCCAAGCAGUCAACUCUGGAUUAUUAUGUGGACUUAAACCGUUAUGUCCUUACGCUGAGUACACUGUAUAUAUAUCCACAUCUGACUUCUCCCGAUAUCUUGUCUCAGCUAUUCUCAACGCAUUUGGCCUCAUCGGAGCAGAGUCUGAGGAAUUUUCCGGGAGCACCUCUCUUUCAAUCGCAAUGUCCGCUACUCAAUUUCAAGAUCCGAGCCUGCCUGUCCCACAUCACGUCACAGCCGGCGUGACGUCUUCGUCCAACACAAGUAUGAUCGGUGAGGAGAAGUCUGUCAAAGAACACGAGAGCCUCAACGAGCACGAACAGCACGAACAGCGCGAACAAGAUGCGGAGAAGUUGGACCCUACCACAAUUGGAGCGAAUUUGGAGCCGUCCACCACCGCAGCUUCGACAAGGAGUGCCUGGCUGAAGUUGACGGCUAUCAUUGUUGCCCUUGUCUUGUCGGUCGCACUCGACAUGACCAUCGUAGCCACUGCUAUACCUAGAAUCACCGAUGAGUUUCGAAGCCUCGAAGACGUCGGCUGGUACGGCUCUGCAUUCUUCCUGACAGUCGCAUCAUUUCAAUCCACAUGGGGCAAGGCCUACAAGUAUUUCCCGCUGAAGACUGCUUUCCUCAUCGCCAUCUUUUGGUUUGAGGUUGGCAGUCUCAUCUGUGCUGUAGCGCAAGACAGCACGACAUUGAUUGUAGGCCGCGCCAUCGCUGGCGCUGGAGGAGCUGGAAUUGCCUCUGGGGCAUACACAAUCAUCGCUUUCGCUGCACCUCCCGGCAAGAGUGCGGCGUUCACAGGUAUCCUCGGUGCUGUCUAUGCGGUCGCAUCAGUCAUUGGUCCACUUCUAGGAGGCGUCUUUACAGAUAACUUGAGUUGGAGAUGGUGUUUCUACAUCAACCUGCCAAUCGGCGGUGUCGCCGCAGCCAUCAUCCUGUUCACAUUCAAAACACCUGCGGCCGCAAAACCUCUCGACGCACCUCUUCUUGAGAAGAUCCUCCAGAUGGACCCAGUAGGAACCUUCGUAUUGAUGGGAUCCGUGGUCUGCUUCCUACUGGCACUACAAUGGGGAGGUGUUUCUCACGCCUGGAACUCCUCCGUCAUUAUCGGACUGCUCGUCGGGGCCGGUCUGAUACUGAUCCUCUUCAUUGCAAACGAAUUCUACCAGCAAGAGCGCGCUCUCCUCGUGCCCCGUCUGUUCAAGAACAAGUCCAUCUCAUUCGCCCUCGCCUUCCAGCUCUUCGGCUCCGGCUCGUUCCUCAACCUCCUCUAUUUUCUACCCCUGUACUUCCAAGUCGUAUCCGGCGUCUCCGCCUCCGACUCGGGGAUCCGAAACUUGCCCUUCAUCCUCGGCAUCGGCCUCCUCACCAUCGUGAGCGGCAUCAUCAUCACCGCAACAGGCCACUACAUCCCCAUGCUCAUCCUCGGCGCCGCCCUCGCCACCAUCGGCAACGGCCUCAUCUACACCCUCGCCGUCGGCUCCCCGUCCUCCGAGUGGAUCGGCUACCAAGCCCUCUCCGGUAUCGGCACCGGCCUCUCCAUCCAAAUCCCCAUCAUCGUCGUCCAGGCCGUCGUCGACCCCGCCGACAUCUCCGCCGCCACCGCAAUGGCCGUCUUCUUCCAGACCCUCGCCGGCGCCGCCUUCAUCCAGACCGCCCAGGCCCUCUUCCAGAACGAACUCAUCACCUCCCUGCCCGCAAACGUCCCCGGCAUCGACCCGCUCCGCGUCGUGUCUACCGGCGCCACCGAGCUGCGCAACGUCUUCCCGCCAAACGAGAUUGUGGGCAUUGUCGCGUCGUAUCUGCAGGGCCUGAAGGACGCGUAUAUCCUUGCUGUUGCCCUGGCUGGCGUCGCGACUGUCAUUGCGAUUGCGGCGCUGAUUUUCGAUAAUCGGAAUCUGAAGGGGAAGGCGAUUGGUGCGGGGGCUGCGUAGGCAGGUGGUUUGGAUUGAUUGGUAUAUAUAGACUUCGUACAUAUAUACAUAUACAUAUAUCUCUGAGACAUAAGAGAGCAGGGGGGGGAGAUUGGAGCGUCAUAUUGCAUAGACCCGGCGUCUUUUUUUUUCUAUAUUGAGAGAUAGAAUAUUGGCUAUUCUUACUUACUUACUUACUUACUUACUUACCUACCUACGUACACAUCAAUAGUAGUUUUUUAUGUCAUCAGUUUUUUUUUUAAAAA